GAGAAAAUGGCUGUGUAAACAGGUCUCGGAGCAAGAAAACGAAUAAUAUGUUACCGUAAAUACCACCUACUGUAGAAAGAACUUGGCAUUGCUCGUUGGAGACGCACAGAUACAUCGCUAAUGGCAAACAACUAAACCCACGAGAAUUGGACUAUGCGACUGAAGCAGAUCUGCAACUUGGUCAUACGGGUUCUAGAGAGUGAGCUAGCUAGCAGAUGUCGGAUUUGAACGUCAAGUAUUUAGCGAGAUUUAGCUUGGUAUUUUGAUUUUUUUUGCAAAAUCGACGAGUCAGGAGACGACAGUUGUAUGCUUGCCCAGGGCGCUUUCUUGAUAUUUCUUGAAUUGCUGUUUACCUGGGGUCUGUUCUCUUUGAUCCUAAAUCAAGCGUCGUGAAGGAAACGCAGACUGAUGUCACAUUGAAGUGCGCAUUAUAGCACACGUAUGCAUUAGCAAGGCUAACUUGUCCAGACACUGUUGUACAACUACCAAAAUACAGCCUAAAUUACUGUUGUCUGAAUUGCAGUGUCAGUAUUUGUCGAGAGUGCAUUUUGCUGGAGACUGAUACGACUCCCGUAUUUGCUUCCUGUUGAUGAAACGAACGUCUCUUUGUAGCUAGAAUAAAUGGGGUGUGUUUAGAUAGUUAACGACACAUGUUUAGCCAACAUUAGACGCAGCUGUCUUCCACUGGAUGUAAUAUGUUGUGGGGAAUCAGCAACAGCGGAACAACCAUUUAAGCGCAUUAUGCUAACAUUAGUAAUCAAAAGGAAAUGGUCGCAGUUUGUGAGGCAGCGUUAGGUCUUGGUUGUGAAAUCAGUCAAUACCGCGAAGAAGACAUUCGCUCCACAUAGGGUGAAGUUGUACCAGUUCAGUCCUAAACUACUGAUAACAUUAAUGCGAUUUUAGCAGUACCGACUAGCUGGCUUUACAGCUAGCAGGAUUGGUUGGAGACAUUUGUUCCUGAAGUGACUACGAAUUUGACCCGAUUGAAGUACAUUUGUAACGGAAACCUUCUACGAGAGCACAAUGUCUGAUAACCAGGGUGUCAACAAUAACAACAUCCCCCUGAACAACAAUGGCGGGGCCAACAGAAUCAGAAAUCCAAACAUAAACCAAAACCCUCUGAUCAACGUGAGGGAUCGGCUCUUUCACGCCUUGUUCUUUAAGAUGGCCGUGACUUAUGCACGAUUGUUCCCACCAUCCUUUCGCCGGAUAUUUGAAUUCUUCGUCCUUUUAAAGGCUCUGUUCGUGCUCUUCAUCCUGGCCUACAUCCACAUCGCCUUCUCGCGCUCGCCCAUCCACUGCCUGGAGCACGUGCGUGAGAAGUGGCCUCGCGACGGCAUCCUGCGCGUGGAGAUCCAGCGCAACUCGAGCCGCGCGCCCAUCUUCCUGCAGUUCUACGAGACCGAGGGCUUCCAGGGCCUGGUGAAGGAGACCGAGGGAGACGAGCUGGGGGGAGGCUUGGAGGUGGAGGUGGAGCUGGAGGUGGAGCUGGAGGGGGCUCCGGUACCCGUGCAGCACCUCCCCACCGAGGAGGAGGUGGAGGAGGAGGAAGAGGAGGUCACCAUGGAGAUGUCCGACAACAGCUCCAUACAUUUUGAGCUGGACAUGGAGCCGCGUCUGAAGGCGUCGGUGGCGGCUGGAGGGGCUGGCCUGGGCCUGAACGACUCAGUGGAGCUCUCCUUCAGCCAGGCGCCCACUAAAGGUAUGCAGCCCCUGCAGGACACAGUCUCCGAGAUUGAGAUGCUAACGAGAGCAGUGUGGCCUCAGGAGGAGUACAUCGUGGAGUACUCGCUGGAGUACGGCUUCCUGCGCCUCUCCCAGACCACGCGGCAGCGCCUCAACAUCCCCGUCAUGGUCGUCACUCUUGACCCUAUGAAGGACCAGUGUUUUGGGGACGGCUUCAGCCGCUUCCUGCUGGACGAGUUCCUGGGCUACGACGACAUCCUGAUGUCCAGCGUCAAGGCGCUCGCUGAGAACGAGGAGAACAAAGGUUUCCUGCGUAAUGUGGUGUCGGGGGAGCACUAUCGCUUCGUGAGCAUGUGGAUGGCCCGCACCUCCUACCUGGCUGCCUUCGUCAUCAUGGUCAUAUUCACUCUCUCUGUCUCCAUGCUGCUGAGGUAUUCCCACCAUCAGAUAUUCGUCUUCAUUGUGGACCUGCUGCAGAUGCUUGAGAUGAACAUGACCAUCGCCUUCCCAGCAGCCCCCCUGCUCACCGUCAUCCUGGCACUCGUGGGUAUGGAGGCCAUCAUGUCGGAGUUCUUUAACGACACGACCACAGCCUUCUACAUCAUCCUCAUCGUGUGGCUGGCUGACCAGUACGACGCCAUCUGCUGUCACACUAACACCAGCAAACGCCACUGGCUCAGGUUCUUCUACCUGUACCACUUUGCGUUCUACGCGUACCACUACCGCUUCAACGGCCAGUACAGCAGCCUGGCCCUCGUCACCUCCUGGCUCUUCAUCCAGCACUCGAUGAUCUACUUCUUCCACCACUACGAGCUGCCGGCCAUCCUGCAGCAGAUCCGCAUCCAGGAGAUGUUGCUGCAGAACCAGCAGGCGGGCCAGGCCAACCAGACGGCUCUGCAGGACAACCUCAACAACAACACCACGCCCAACAACGCAGCCAACGCCAACGCAGCAGGCAACAACCCCAGACCGGCAGCCAACGGCCAGCCGCUGCAGCCAGGCGAGCCCCAGGCUUCAGGUGCGGCCUCCUCCACCUCCGGGGCUGGUGGUGUUGGUGGUCCCCUGGCCUCCUCUCCCUCUGGGUCGGGCGAACCCCAGCCUGGCGGCACCGUCGUGGGCAACGACCUGGACUGGAUGGCGGAGACGGCGGCCAUCUUGACGGAGGCAUUGUCCGGGCCGCAGCUGGGCCGCUCGCUGCUGCAGUCCGGCGGCCUGAUGACGCCGCAGGAGACCCCGCUCAGCAUCGUCACGGAGAUCCGCGUCGGAGGAGGAGGAGGUGGUGGUGGUGGUGGAGGAGGAGGAGGAGGAGACGUGGAGAGCCACAGCAACAGCGGUGGUGGUGGUGGUGGUGGUGGUGGUGAGGCAUCUGUAGUGUCAGCCGCCGCUGUUGCCGCUGCCACUGCCGUGGUGGAGGAGCGUGCCGCCAACAGCCUGGCCAUGGAGCUGAUCGCCAGGGGGUGUGUCCUGGAGGCCAGCCUGCAGGCUAACGGGGGAGGAGGCGGAGGAGGGGGUGCUGGUGUAGGUGGAGGUGGAGGUGGAGGUGGGGAGAGCGAGCCGGGGGGCACGGCUGAUGCAUGUGGCGUUGCCACCUCCUCCUCCUCCUCCUUCUCCUCCCCCUCCCCUGUUCCCCCGUCACAGACAGACUCUCGGGGUUUAGUAGAGGAGUGUAGUAGCAAUAGCAGCAUUAGCAGUGGGGGGGCUACUACAGCUGCACCUGCAGUGGACACUAGACAGAGUGCCAACACAGACACUGAGACCCCUUCCCUUGCCCCCAACACCACCAGCAACCCCUCCCACUCCCCCUCCUCCCAACCACCCUCCACCACACCUGACGUCUCCCCUACGCCCACCUGAGUUUACCUGCCUGCAGCCCUCCUAAAUAAGCCCAGCCUCCCCACCUAGCCCAUGCAACAACAACAACAACAACAACAACAACAAACCAACGCCACCGCCGCCAUGACAUGACCACUCAUGAUAUGACACCAUUCUUCCUCUCACGGUCGCUCGCGGCGCACUCACAUCUCUCACACCUGCGCAAGCAAACACACACUACGUCCCAAUCCCCAACAACCAAGUAUCUGGUUUAUACUCCUCCUCUUCUUCAUCCUCUUCCUCCUCCUUCUUGCUACUAGGCGCGAUGACACACCGCUGUUUGUCAGCACCUCAUUGCUGGACCUUCACGCUCGCACACCACAAGGAGCAUCACCAGGACUUGGACUUGGACUUGUUUGGACAGGACAGGCAGAGGGAUGGAUGGAUGGAUGGAUGGAUGGAUGGAUGGAUGGAUGGAUGGAUGGAUGGAUGGAUGGAUGGAUGGAUGGAUGGAUGGAUGGAUGGAUGGAUGGGAGAAAGAGAGCGCCAGAAAGGUCUACUAGGGCCAAUAGACAAAACACAAGACCUGGAGGACUGAACUUAAGCAGGCUCUAGAGGGGUUCAAAUCAAGACAUUUUAGGACUUUUUGUUCAUGUUUUUUUUUGUUUAUUUGUUUUUUUUUCCUGUUUUUUUUUUGGCAUUAGUGAUGCAGUAAUGGUGAGAAGGUUGUCCCCAUGUCAGGGCAUAAGCUCCUCCCCCCGCCCCGCCCCCACCCCCGCAAACCUGUCGGACUGAAGUUGGUCUUGUAUGUCUCCAUGGGAACCGCAUCUCCUGCUUUUCCUUGUCUUUUCUUUUUUUUCCUGCUGUUCUUCAUUUGUUUUUGUUGUUUUUAAGUUUCUAACAAAUCUCUCGAAAUUGGAAAGCGUGAUGAUGAUGAUGAUGAUUCGUUUCGGUGUCAGUGUUUCCUCACUUGCGUUUGCUGAUUAUAAAAACAAAUGGACAAAGAGGUUCAACAGACUUAACAGUGACGUUUUUGUCUAUAUGGAUGAGCUGUCCUUGUCUCUGUCCUGAAUGCGCUCUGGUCUCUCUCAUCGGUGUCUACUCUAAUGGCUGUCAUGUUUACACAUCAGGCUUAAGACAUAGAGUGCGUUCCAAUAUGCGACCUUGCCUCCUCCACUUAUGCUUGUCUCCUCGUACCAGGAAGUAAUAUGUCAUGAUGACAUCACUGACCACAGCAUUAUAUUUCAAUAUCUUGCAAAAGCUCAAUUGUAAAGCCUUCUUCUCAUUUGCAAUUGGGAUGGUGAAUGAAAAACAGUCCCUCAAAAGUUGUUGUGGCUAGGCUGACAGCUGGGAAACUUUAUCGUUUUCUCCACGGAGGAGGGGCCAGGAGUCGGGGCGAGGCAACAAGCACAAGUGGAGGAGGCAAGGUCGCAUAUUGUAAUGCACUCAUAAUGUACGUCAUCUUCAUGUGCUGUAAAAGACUGUACUCUUAUAUUACAUCAGUGGUUAUGUGAGUCAAGUUGAGAAACACAGGUGGUCUGUUUAGGAGCGGAGCUAGAAACCAUAAAAUGGGUGGGCGGUGGGCCCAGAAGAAAAAAUCAGACGGGCCCAAGUUCAACCCCAAAUGCCUCGCUACACCUAUGAGUCUAUCUGUCAGGCAUGCAUGUGUGUGUCUAUUUGUAAGCAGGGUUCUAAAUUGACACCAGCCAAACAGCCAAAUGCAGGUGAAAAAAUCAGUUUGGCUAGUAGAAAAGAACACUGCCUAUCCACUUUGACUGAUCGUGAGUGUAUGCUUGGCUAGUAAGAUUUAACAUCUACCAGCUAAAUUGGCCAGUGAUGACAAAACGUUGUUAUAGCCUUGUUUGUAUAUGCGUGUGUGUGUAUCCUUAAGCAGCAGUGUGAUGGCCAGUCCUCAGCGUGUCCACCACCUCUUUUGACCACUAGGGGGCUAGACUACUUCCUCCGUCUCCUCUUUGAGACACAUGAGAGGCUAAUAUAAGGAGAUUUAGGCUAGUAUGAAGGGUGUCGCCUCCAUAUUCCUCUACUUGUCUUUAAUCUUAAUCACUGACUGACCUGAAUUAUGACACCCCUGGUCUGGUCUUUAAGCCUUUCACAAACACAACUCGUCAUGGCUGCCUGUUGGGGAAGCAAAGCAGGCCACAAACACCUGUAGCUCACCCGCAAAGCAGCACUGUAUGUGCAUGCAUAAGUGUGUGUGUGUGUGUGUGUGUGUGCCUGUUUGGCCUGUGUGUAUAUUUCUGUGUGUGUAUGUCUGUGUGUGCAUGCGUGCGUGCAUGUGUGCGUGUGUGCGCGCUGGGGGUAAAACGGUUACCAUUUAGGCUCGUCAUACAGCACUUUAUGUGCAUGCAUAAGUGUGUGUGUGUGUGUGUGUGUGUGUGUGUGUGUGUGUGUGUGUGUUCGUGCCUGUCGGGCCUCUGUGCGUGUGUAUGUGUGUGCGUACGUGUGCGCGCUGGGGGUAAAACAGUUACCAUUUAGGCUCGUCAUACAGCACACUGCCUUAGACCUUUGGACUUGAGAAGAAGCAAACUGCACCAGGAAAAGCUGAAUAAUAAUGAGCUUUGAUAAUAAAUGCAGUGAGAGGAGAGGAGGGGGGGUCGGACGCCUUAUCAGAAGGAAGCUAGUGGAUAUGUUGAUGACUUUGCAGGCUACAUGGACAUUACAGGGUUAUUAUGCUUAGGUUAGGGUUGAGGUUUUGGACUUAAACUUUCUUCUUCAAGGAAACCUUGUGUUGUCCUCUGUUGAGUCUUGCAGCUGUUGUGUAUUCCCGACUGACGGAGAGAAUAUCCCCUCGACUAACCCCUCAAUUGUUAUUGCAGACAGAUAUACACACACACACACACACACACACACACACACACACACAC